AACACGCAUUUCAUUUGGCAUUUUAACGUUUCUGACGUGUGCCCGCGCGGUGCAAAUAAAUUAAAAAAUAUAACUGUCAUUUCUUGCCGCGCAAAAUUCGAGUCGAAUUAUGGAUUUAUUUACGUUUAAUUUUUCUUAGAAGUGAAUUGUGGUGAAAAUUAAAUAGAAAGAAAGAAAUACUUUCGGUAAAUCGAUAAAUUAUCUCUAAAAACGUGUUAAGUUUACCAAAAUAUCACCUAUAAUAAUCAUGUGUUGAAAUUGAUCAAAGCUAAAACGGUGGGAAUUAUUCCCGCCAAAUGUUGACAGUAGGUCAUACCUACAGAUAUAGGUACAGAUACAGAGAGACAGAGAAAAAUACGUGUUUUUUCUUCUGAAAUAUCUCGAAGGAGUUAAGUAUGGAUACGAAUUGGACUAUGUUCCCCCGUAUGGGGUUACGAUCCCCAAACUUGACGAAUACGACGGUGAAUCUACAAGAGAGCUUCGAAAUCGACCUGGAAGACACAAACUGGAUCCUCACAUCUUCGUUCAUCAUUUUCACAAUGCAAACAGGUUUCGGAAUGUUGGAGUCUGGAUGUGUCUCCAUAAAGAACGAAGCUAACAUUAUGAUGAAGAACUUGGCUGACAUUUCUUUAGGGGGUCUCACCUACUGGAUUUUUGGCUACGGCAUGUCCUUCGGGGAGGGGACAUACUCCAACCCCUUUAUAGGGGUGGGCGACUUUUUGCUUGACCCUCCAGUGGGGGAUGCUCUGAUGGGGCCUGUGUUCGCAUCAUUCUUGUUCCAACUGUCCUUCGCUACUACUGCUACUACGAUUGUUAGUGGAGCUAUGGCUGAGAGGUGUAACUUCAAGGCGUACUGUCUGUUCUCGCUGCUGAACACAAUAGUCUACUGUGUGCCAGCCGGCUGGGUGUGGGGCUCCCAUGGGUUUCUGAACAAGCUGGGCGCUGUUGACAUCGCUGGCUCUGGACCUGUGCAUCUUAUAGGUGGCGCGUCAGCCUUUGCUUCAGCACUAAUGCUAGGUCCUCGACUAGGUCGGUAUGCUCAUGGCAUAGCUCCAUUACCCAUGGGAAAUCCUGUCAACGCAGUCAUGGGGACUUUCGUCCUCUGGUGGGGCUGGCUCGCCUUCAAUUCUGGCAGCACAUAUGGAGUGAGUGGAGCUAAAUGGCAAUAUGCAGCAAGGGCCGCUGUGAUGACGAUGAUGGGAUCUUUCGGAGGAGGCUGCUUCGGACUACUCUUCACGCUAAUCAAAAACAAAGGAAAGGCAGAAGUGAUGGAACUCAUCAACAGUGUGUUAGGGUCGCUGGUUUCUAUUACUGCUGGCUGUUUCCUCUACCGAGCUUGGGAGUCGUUGCUGAUUGGGUUUAUAGGGGCCGCCAUAGCGUCGGGCACAUCUCCCUUGUUCGACAUGAUGGGGGUUGACGACCCAGUUGGAGCGUCCGCCGUCCAUGGUGCCUGUGGACUUUGGGGUGUACUAGCAGUUGGACUGUUCGCUGAUAAUCCGAUUCCUAUGGAAACUACAAACGGCAGAUCUGGACUAUUCAAGGGCGGUGGCUGGUAUCUCCUCGGCGUACAAUCUCUAACAGGCGUUUGUCUAAUGACCUGGGGUAUUCUGGUCACUAUCACAUUACUAUGGUGCAUUGACAAGAUCAUGCCAAUACGCAUGGAUCCAUACACUGAACUGCUAGGAGCUGAUAUUACUGAACACAGGAUUAGACAUGGACAGGUGGGAAUAUCUCGCGCAGUAUCAGCUCUGCGUCCGUACCACAGAUCCAAUAGUAUAGAACAAAUGGCUACAGUCGGCAUGAACACGGGCCACGGAUACAUCGUCGACAAACUCAAUGAGGCAAAGAAAAAGAACGGCCUAUUCCAUGUAUUUAGCAACAAAGCAUACGUCAGCGACCAGGAGCCAACGCCAUCGUUCACAACCCAAGGCUUUUUGCACAAACGCCCUGGCAACACUGGAAACCACGCCCACAGCGCUCUAGACUCUAUGGUGCACGAAAUUAAUGAUACCACACUAAUUAAUAAAGAGGUCAGUAAUGUAAUCCAUGUGAUACCAGAGGAAAUAAAAGGAAAAAGGUAUAAGGAUUUGUCGCCUAAAGAAUUGGAGGAUUUGGGUCGAAUUAGUGCUAGCCAGGACCGAUUUAGGUACAGAUUUCAUGAAGACGAUUAUAAAAGAGAUGUCCAAAGAAGUGCUACUUCUAAUAUUAGGUGGUUAGAUUAAGAAGCAUAUUAUAGUACCCGGUGAUAAAAAACUAAAAAUGUGGUUACCUAGUAACUAGGCCUCUUUGACAACGUUGGGGCCCUUGGGCACAAUCCGGGGCCCACUUGGAAUGUAUUUUUUUAACUUUGCCCCACACUAGGGAUGAUGACGGUAUGAAAAUUAAAAAUCUAAUUAGUCCGUC